ACACAUCUGGAUUUCAUUUUUACUGAUUAUUCGUGAGCAAUUACGCAAUGGCUAUGAACUCGAAGAAGGAAUUGCCGGAAGAUAGACUGAACUUCGAGGCACUCAAGUCCCACCACAAGUCAAAGAAAGCUAUUGCAUCAAUCAGCAAACAACAGAAUCCAUUUGAUCUCUUACGCAUACUUUAUGAGGGAGCUGUAGCUGGAGCUGCUGCUGGUGUCGUUGUAGAAGCUGCUUUGUAUCCAAUUGAUACAAUUAAAACUCGACUUCAAGCAGUUCGUGGUGGGGGACAAAUCAUUUUGAAAGGCCUCUAUUCAGGAUUGGCUGGAAAUCUUGUUGGUGUCCUACCAGCAUCGGCAAUAUUUGUUGGUGUAUAUGAACCUGCAAAGAGAAAAUUGCUGGACAGCUUACCUGAAAACCUUAGUGCCAUAGCUCAUUUGACUGCAGGUGCUAUUGGCGGAGCUGCUUCUUCUAUUGUUCGUGUACCCACUGAGGUAGUUAAGCAAAGGAUGCAGACUGGCCAAUUUGCUUCUGCCCCUGAUGCGGUCCGACUCAUUGUUGCUAAGGAAGGGUUUAGAGGCCUUUAUGCUGGUUAUGGUUCUUUUCUACUGCGAGACUUACCAUUUGAUGCUAUCCAGUUCUGUAUAUACGAACAGAUGCGGAUAGGGUAUAAAUUAGCUGCAAAAAGAGACCUUAAAGAUCCCGAGAAUGCAAUGAUUGGUGCCUUUGCAGGUGCAAUAACAGGAGCUAUAACUACUCCUCUAGAUGUGAUAAAAACCAGAUUGAUGGUUCAGGGUUCAGCAAAGCAGUAUGAAGGCAUUAUGCAUUGUGUUAACACUAUUGUAAGAGAAGAAGGAGCCUCUACUCUUUUUAAGGGAAUGGGACCAAGAGUACUUUGGAUAGGCAUUGGAGGAUCCAUAUUUUUUAGUGUUCUUGAAAGGACAAAGAAAUUAGUUGCUGCUAAACACCCUCUUGAUUAGAAUUUGAAUCGUUCAAAAUUGGACUAUCAAUUUGUGUCAGGUACAUUGUAGCUACGCAACUAGACAGUUGUCUUGACCAUUUCUUCAUUUAUCUGUGAAUUAUUGGUGGCUUAAUCCUGUUGGCAUAAGGGGUGUGACAUUACUAAGUGCAAUGCAGGAAGAAUUGGAUCAAUAUUUUGCGUUUA